CUCCUGAGUUAUGUAUUUGUCCUUGGGAGAAUUGUCAGUUCACUGGUACAACCCGGUCAACUGAACGCUGUCACAUCAUGUGAUUGUAAGUUUAAUCCCUGGCAGAACCUCAACCAAUGGACUUGCGACCGUGAGGAUCCUUGACUGACCCUCAACCAAUAGUCGUAAGACUUUUGAGUUAUUCCCCCUUAAUCUGAGUUGUAUUUAAUCACGGGAUUUUCAAGUCCAGAGGCCGCCAGAUUGACUUUUGGACUAGGAGAGGUGUGCCAGUGGUUAGGUACGCCAUUUUGCAGUAUGGUCAUUAUGUGACAUUAUUUUCACCUUUUGUAUAAGGAAUUAUGUGACUAGUUGUAGUUUACUGAAUUUGUGUUCUGGUGUAUUAUUACACCUUUUUGACUAUCGGUGAUAGUUUAACCUGUAUAAGGAUUUCUAUUGUUGUAGAGGCAAAUUGUCUCUCCUUGGUUUUUUGUUGUGGUUAUUAUGAGGCCAGUUCAGUUGUGUGUAUUAAUGAUUUAUCACAGCUGUGAUGUAUUGUGAUUUUUCUCAAACUACUGCAUUAACGAGCUCACGGCAAGUUGUUGAGAUUCCGUUACAACGUCUUCUAUCGGUACCAUACCAAACGAACCUGGGGCGUCCGCUUCCUCCGCGGCUGUCGGAGGUCGGACAUAACAAGUGAGGGCUCGACCGGUAUUUUGAUUUAUGUGCAAGUUUGGCAUUAGUUUGAGUUUGUGAUUUAGAGUUUGGUCAGAAGUUCGAAGAAGUUGAACUAGUUAUUGAGUAGUUGUUUUUGUUAUCAGUUGAAAGUAAACAUUGUUACUUGUUAGCUAUGGAGGCUUUGUUGUUAAGUCCUACUGUGGAAGCAGUUGAGAACUUAAGUAGGAAAGAUUUGAUAACAGUUGUCAAAAAGUUAAACCUGGACUAUAUUGUUACUCAGACCUCUAGGGUGUUGAAGGACAAAGUUAUUGUUUACUUCAUUAAUGAAGGCAUGUUAGAUGAGAGUCUUCUUUCUGAAGUUUUGGCACGGGAAGUGGAAAUUGUUGAUAGGGAGUUUGAGGCCAGACUAAAGUUAGAAAGAGAAGUUCAGAUGAAGCGUUUAGAGUAUGAGUUUGGUAUUAUUGACAGUAGUUCGAGGUCAGAAGGUCCUUCUCAGUUGUCUGUGGCCCAAACAUUGGCCCAGUUUUGCAAAUUAGUCCCUAAGUUUGAUGAGUCAGAUCUUGUCGUAUUUUUUAAUACAUUUGAGAACAUGGCUGAAAGUUGUCAAUGGCCUAGUAACGUAGUCACAACGUUACUAAGCACUGUUUUAAUUGGUAAGGCUGCCACCACAUACCAGGCACUCUCUCGCGAAGUCCAGUCAGAUUACAAAAAAGUCAAGGCUGCCAUUCUGAAGGCUUACGAAAUAACUCCAGAAGCCUACAGAAUUAAGUUCAGAAAAAUUAGGAAACAACAGAACCAAACCUAUGUUGAGUUCCUUUUUGAAAAAGAAAAAGUCUUUUCAAGAUGGCUCCAUUCUGAGAAUGUCGACGACUUCGACAAACUCAGAAGUCUGAUACUAAGAGAAGAUUUCCUCAACGCAGUACCUGAAGAGAUCAGACUACACAUCUUGGAUAACCGAAUAACAGACAUCAAAAGGGCAGCAGAAUCAGCUGAUACAUACGAGCUGGUACAUAAGAAGUCACAGGGUUCUGGUACCAAAUACAAUCCGGUACUACCUCUCAUCAGCAACAAUCCCUCUGCUGGCCAGUUGCUGAGAUCUCGUCAAUCAACACAGAUACCCAGAGUCACAGCCAGGCGACUGAUCUGCCACUAUUGUUCCAAGCCUGGGCACAUCAUCAAGAACUGUUUCCUGCGACAGCGAGACAACAGAGAGUAUAUACGAACAUCUCGUAACGCUCUCCCCCACCAAGCAAGUCCAAAGGUGAACCUCGCCCGUCGUGAUGACCCUACACCAGCGUGUCCACAGGGAGGUAACGAAGUGACCACCACUUUCGUCCAGUCAUCUUAUGACUAUCCUCUUCACCAACCGGUUACAUCAGCAGCAACCAAUGGUGAAGAAUCGAGAACUGUUGGCUUCACGUCAUUCAUGACAGAUGCUGUCAUCAGCAACCCUGGAGAUCCAGCAUCAUCGCGGAACAUCGUCGUCCUAAGAGACACUGGGGCUUCUCAGUCACUUUUGCUGAGAGACUCAUUGAACAUCGCUCCAGAAACCAACACCGGUGAUGUCACCAUCAUUCAAGGAGUGGGAGCUGAACCAACAGUAGUUCCACUACAUAAGUUCAACUUGAGACAUCAGCUCAUCCAAGGAGAUGUUAUCCUUGGGGUGAUAGAUUCCAUACCUGUCCCAGGAGUACACUUUCUCCUAGGUAACGACUUAGCGGGAAGCAAAGUCCACCCCCAGGAAGUUCAGAACCCGUUCUCUACAGACCCCGACGGUGAAAAUGAACUGUUCUUUUGGCCGAGAAUGCACAACGAUGACACCCGUUAUUGCAGACAUUGUAAGAACUGUCAGUUGGUUGGGAAUCCCAAUCAAAAUAUUCCCAAGGCCGAUGAGACCGAUUCGUGUGCUAGACGAAGCAUUUAACAAGAUUACCAAGGACUGCGCCACCUCUUCCCAGACCGGAGAA